GAGAAAACAAAAAGUCAAGUAAAGGCAAAGAAACAAAGCGCUGGUGACAGCUUGCUGGUAAUGUACUCGCGAAAUAUCCGUGAACUUGAUGCCCGUUUCAUGUGAAAGCAGCGAUGGCGGAGUCCAGAGUGAAGGUGGCGGUGCGCGUUCGGCCGCUGCUCCCCCGCGAGGCCCUGCGUGAGCCGCUGGUGUGCGUGCAGACCUCGCCCGCGCACCCCGGCCAGGUCGUCGUGGGGAACCAGCGCGCCUUCGCCUUCGACUUCGCCUUCGGGCCCUCGGCCCGGCAGGAGGACGUGUACGCCGCCUGCGUGCAGCCGCUGGUCACGUCUCUGCUGGAGGGGUACAACGCCACGGUGUUCGCUUACGGACAGACCGGCUCCGGCAAGACCUACACUAUCAGCGGGGGACCUGUGGUGUCCACGUCGGGGGGGCAGAGCGGGAUCAUCCCCCGGGCCGUGGAGGAGAUCUUCCGGCGGCUGGCCCAAAUGCCUGACACCUCCUACACGGUGCGGGCCUCCUAUGUGGAGGUGUACAGGGAGGAGCUGAGGGACCUGCUGGAGCUGGAGACCUCCUCCAAAGUCAUGCACAUCCGAGAGGACAAGCACGGGAACACAGUUCUGAUUGGCGCGCGGGAGCAGGAGGUGGAGUCGGGGGAGGAGUUCCUGACGCUGCUGGAGGCGGGGAACGCGGCACGCCGCACGGGGGCCAAUCAGCUGAACGAGCACUCCAGCCGCUCCCACGCCCUGCUGACCGUCGCCGUGACGCAGCGCCGCUCCGACCCCGCCCUCUCCGUGGCCUCCAAGUUCCACCUGGUGGACCUGGCGGGCUCCGAGCGGCUCACCUCCGGCCCGGCCUCGCCGCGCCACCUCCAGGAGUCCGUGCAGAUCAACAACGGCCUCCUGGCGCUGGGCAACGUGAUCCGCGCGCUCUCCAGCCCCCGCCGGCGCUCCCACGUGCCGUACCGCGACGCCAAGAUCACCCGGCUGCUGCGCGACUCGCUGGGCGGGAACGCGCGCACGCUCAUGGUGGCCUGCGUCAGCCCGGCGGCCGCCUGCCUGCAGGAGUCCCUCAGCUCGCUGCUGUUCGCCAGCCGCGCCCGGGACGUCCACAACCGGCCCACGCUCAACCUGGCCGAGCUGGGGGCCGAGCUGCGCGCCGCGCGCGAGGGCCCGGCCGGGCCCCGGGGCCAGCCGGCCCGCCUCCAGGCCCUGCAGGAGCAGCUGGCCCAGGAGAGCAGGCGGGGUCUGAGGUACCGCGCGCUGGCGCAGGACGCCGCCCGUCUGCUGCUGGAGGGGCGGGGCUCCGCCCCUGGCCCCGCCCACGACCUCCGUGUGCAGGAGUGGUUGGAGAUGCAGGAGGAGCUGGAGAACGACGGCCCCGCCCACAACGGGGACGGCUUGGGGGCGGAGUUCCAGUACAGCAACGUCCUGCAGCUGCGCAGAGAGCUGAACCGGUGCCAGGAAGCCCUGGCCACUGAUGAGCGGCUUUUCUCAGAGAGAGAGCAGCAGGUGAAGGAGCUGCAGGAGCAGGUGAGCAGGCUGCAGGAGCAGUGUGAGGCCCUCCUGGCAGCCCUGCAGGAUGAGCGCAACCGGAAUCGCCUGCAGGGUGAGCAGCUGGUGGAGCAGCAGCUGGUGGCUGAGCGUCUGCGGGACCUCCUCUCCUCCUCCACCUCUCCCUCCACCCGCCGGCCCUACAGCGUCCCCCUGAUUGCACCCCUGUCCCGAGAGUCCCCCAACCACGGCGGUGCCAGGAAGGUGCACACCAGCCCUCCUGCGUACUCUCUGGAGCGAGUGAUGGCCUGCUUCCGGACGCGCAGUCAGCUGCUGAAGGCUCAGAUCCAGGAGGAGGACGAGGUGCUGCUUCAGGGCUACGAGGAAGAGGAGCAGCAGGGUGCUAAGGAAGAGGAUGACCAGAGCAGGACCUUUAGGCGCUCCCUCAACCUCACCUGGACACGCAGAUCCUCACUCGCGCCCACCCAUGGAGGAAGGGACCGGAGGCUCCGGCCAAGCCUCCAAACACGGGCCACAUCCCAGUCGGGUGAGGAGGCAGAGUCUGGCUGUGGGGACAGCUUCAGGGGCGGGGCAGACUCUGCGGAGGUGUGCUCCCCGGGACCCGGUCCGGUGAACAGCCUGCAGCUGCUGAGCCACGCCCGGCAGAGCCACGCCCGGCAGAGCGUCUCAGAGACGGGCCUGAAGGAGAGGCUGAUCGAGGACCUGCGCAAGACAGACAGAAACGGCCUGCAGGAGCAGGAUGGCCGACUGCAGCUGGAGGAGCAGCGGCGGUGGCUGGAGCAGGAGGAGGAGCGCGUGCUGCAGCAGAGGCGUGGCCUGGAGGAGCUGAGGGAGGAGCUUCAGCGGCGGGAGGAGCUGCUGGCGCGUAGAGAGGCGCUGUCUCAGGAGAGGAGUCAGAUACACCUGAAGAAGCUCCGCUCCAGCCAGGUGUUGGAGCGGGACCUCCUCAGCGUGUCCACGCGGCUCAGCCUGAUGGAUAAGGAGCUGCAGCAGGGCGGGGCGGCGGUGGAGCGCCUGCGUGAGGAGAGAGAGCAGCUCUGCAGGAGGCGGGACGUCCUGGACGACAGGCUGAAGGACGGCAGCGUGCUCAGCCCUCAGGAGGAGCACACCCUGUUCCAGGUGGAGGAGGCCAUCGAGGUGCUGGACGCGGUGGUGGAGUAUAAGGACCUCUCCAUCCACAGCCGGCAGCAGGCGUCAGUCCCGCCCCCCAGUGACGGAGACAUGAUGGACAGGCUCAGUGCCCUGCCCCCCCCACACAUCAAAGUGCUGCUGCUCAACUACUUCAACAAGGUGGUGACCCUGCGUGAGGAGGAGCGGAUGCUGCGUUUGCAGUGUGAGGAGCAGCAGCUGCAGCUGCAGGAGCAGGUGGGCGUGGCCGGGGAGCUGGAGGCUGCUCUACAGCGCCUCACGGUGGCCACAGACCGCCGGCUCACACAGCAGCAGACGGAGCAUCAGCAGAGCCUGCAGCGGCUCCUGCAACAGCUCUCAGAGGCCCGAGGUGAGGUGGUGGAGCAGAACGUGAGGCGGAGUGAGGGGCGGGUGCAGGAGCUGGAGAAGGAGCUGUUCUUCUACAAAAGCUCCAGCCGGCAGCUGAGGAGGAAACUGCGGGAGAUUAACCCCGCCUUCAGCAUUGAGGCCCCGCCCAGCAGGGGGAGUGGCCACGAGAGCGCAGAGAGCUCACUGUGUGACACCCCGGCCCACAGCACACAGCUGGAGGAGGCUCCGCCCAGCAGCGCCCAGGGCAGGAAGCGAUUGGCUGAGGAGUCCGGGAGGAGGCGGGGUGGCGGGAGGGCAGAGGCAGAGCCAAUGAGGCUGCCUCACUCCCCCAGGCUGCAGGUGCGUCACUCCACCCUCCUCUCCUUCCAGGAGGACUCCAUAGAAGUGUCUCACCACCAGGGCCAAUGAGCCGGCUGCAGUCCAACAGCUAUUCCACUCAGCUGUGAUGGGUGAGACUCUGCAGCCCCUGGUCUUAUACUGAGACUCUGUGGCCCCUGGUCUUAUACUGAGACUCUGCAGCCCAUGGUCUUAUAUUGAGACUCUCUGGCCCCUGGUCUUAUACUGAGACUCUGCAGCCCCUGGUCUUAUACUGAGAC